CUUGCUAUCUUUGGUUUCGGUCCUUUAGGUUUGUUCCAUCGUCUCUCAUCGCUCCGCCAACCUGGUAGCUGCUGCCCUGUCCGGCAUCCUGCUGCGGCUGAAGGAGAACAAGGGAGGGGUGCGACUCAAAACCACCGUGGGCAUCGACGGCUCUCUGUACAAGAUGCACCCACACUACGCUCGGCGCCUACAUAAGACCGUCCGACGUUUGGUCCCUGACUGCGACGUCCGGUUCCUCCUGUCAGAGAGCGGCAGCGGGAAAGGGGCUGCCAUGGUAACGGCCGUGGCCUACAGACUCGCCGAACAGACCCAGGAAAUCGGCAAGAUUCUGUCCAAGUUCCGCAUGACGACGGAGCAGCUGCUGGAGGUGAAAAACAGAAUGAGGGCAGAGAUGCAGAAAGGCCUUUCGAAAAGCACGCAGGACGUCGCAGUCGUCAGAAUGCUGCCCUCGUACGUCCGUAGCACACCUGACGGCACAGAGAACGGGGAUUUCCUGGCUCUGGAUUUGGGGGGAACCAACUUUCGAGUUCUGCUGGUCAAGAUUCGCUCCGGGAAGAAAUCGGUGGAAAUGCACAACAAGAUUUACGCGAUUCCUCUUGAAGUGAUGCAGGGCACAGGAGAAGAGCUGUUCGAUCACAUAGUGCACUGCAUCAGUGACUUCCUGGACUACAUGGGGAUGAAGACCGCAUGUCUUCCUCUGGGCUUCACCUUCUCCUUCCCCUGCCGACAGACGGGUCUGGACGCUGGCAUCUUGUUGACUUGGACCAAAGGCUUCAAGGCAACAGGCUGUGAGUCUGAAGACAUUGUCGGACUACUGAGGGACGCCAUUAAGAGAAACCAGGAGUUUGAGCUGGAUGUGGUGGCCAUCGUCAACGACACAGUGGGAACCAUGAUGACCUGUGCCUACGAAGAGUCCACCUGUGAGAUUGGACUCAUUGCUGGAACCGGCAGUAACGCCUGCUACAUGGAGGAGAUGAGGAACAUUGAGAUGGUCGAUGGCGAUCAGGGACGCAUGUGCAUCAACAUGGAGUGGGGAGCUUUUGGAGACAACGGUUGCCUUGACGACUUCAGGACGGACUACGACCAUGCCGUGGAUGACCUCUCCCUUAACGUAGGAAAGCAGAGAUAUGAGAAGAUGAUCAGCGGCAUGUACCUCGGCGAGAUCGUGAGGAACAUCCUCAUAGACAUGACCAAGAGAGGCUUCCUGUUUAGAGGGCAGAUCUCUGAAACCCUGAAGACCAGAGGCAUCUUUGAAACAAAGUUCCUCUCACAGAUCGAGAGUGACAGGUUGGCUUUGCUGCAGGUGAGAACCAUCCUGCAGCAUUUAGGACUGGACAGCACCUGUGAUGACAGCAUCAUUGUCAAAGAGGUGUGCGGAGCGGUGUCGCGGCGCGGCGCUCAGCUGUGCGGGGCCGGGGUGGCAGCUGUCGUCGAUAAGAUACGGGAGAACCGGGGACUGGACCACCUGAACAUCACUGUGGGAGUGGACGGCACACUCUACAAGUUACACCCACAUUUCUCCCGGAUCAUGAAGCAGACGGUCAAGGAUCUGGCCCCGAGGUGCUGCGUCACCUUCCUGCUGUCUGAGGACGGCAGCGGCAAGGGAGCCGCUCUGAUCACAGCGGUGGCCUGCCGCUUGAGGGAAGAGGCCAAGAGUAAAAAAUAACCACAUAUCAGGUAGCUUGUGGCUCUCGGUCCACUGCUGCCAUCCUCAGCGCCUCACACUCCUGCUGCUACUUCAUCCAUGUGUCUUCCUGAGACAGAAAGGGGAGCGUCGCCCUCUUUCUCUGCUGCGUUUGGCAGCAAAGGUGAUCCAUUCUAGUUAAACUAUAUCUAUCAGCACCCGGCCUCUUUAGGGUGCAAUUUUGUGAUUUCAAAGGUUGAUUAUAAUUAAUUACAAGCAUAAAACAUCUGCUGAAACAUAAAUAAAUCUAAUAAAAUAUUACCCGCUCUUGGUGGCUCCUCUGUCUCCACCUGGUGGAUUCCUCUUGUUACUGCAGUCUGGCGGUUUUCCUAUCAGCUUUAUUUUGUUGCACAUCCAGAACUUUAAGCAGUUGAAACCAAAGUGGGUCUUUUUGGAGCUAUUUGUGUUUUUACAUGAUGAUUUAAAGGGAUCUGAUGGAGCAGAAAUAUGUGCGGUGAAGGAAGGGAAUAUUUGUGCUUACGGUUUUAAUAGAUCACCCAGACAUGAUGCAGUGUGUUCAGCAUUGUUGUUAUUUAUUUUAUGUUUAAAAAUAUUACUGCUGCAAAAAUGAUGCACACACAACUAUCCACUGGCUAAUUUCCCCUCACUGUAUUUCUCCUGUGCACAAAAACCUUCAUGUCAUGUUUCUGCUCUCUGGCUGCAGUUUAUCUGUAACCCGGUGUAAACAAUUCAUGCUGCUGGUGCUAAUAGAAAAGCCUGCCAGAGCGAGGUGCCAACACAGUGGGAAAAAAAUAAACAAGCUGUGCGUAAAUGUAAGAAGAUUUAUUACAUUUUGGCAACAUGCAUAUAUGAUAUAUAAAUCUACCCCCACUUUAUAAAGUAGUUUUUUUUUUCUUAGAAAAGUCUCAGGAAAGUUUUAAGGCUGUGCGACUCGUUGGCAUCUCUCUGAUGAAAAGCAAAAAGAAAUACUUGGAUAUUUAAAAGUGUGCAUUUUCCACUGUAGAAACUGUCCAGAUAUUUGAUGAACUGUUCAAAAAUCUGACUCUGUAAGUGGAGCUUUUUCUGUUUUCUGUUCUGUUGGAUGAGUUUUGUUGUUUUAAAACCGGUUCUCCGUCUGUGUUCCUGUCCUGUUGUCUGUCUGCCAGCUCCUGCGAGGCAUCCAGGUGCUUUUCUUACUUUGGUCUGCAAAACCCAGACUGGAUGUGUUGCACAUUGUCCGUCUGACUCUCAAUAAAUUGAACCUCAAUUCAUCCGAAGCCGCGGUUUUCUGUUGAUAGUUGCUCGAUCGGUUUCCGUGCAAUUUAAUUAGAUUUUUAAAUUCAUUGUUUUGACACAAAGGAGUGCAUGAUUGUAAAGAGGAAGCAAAAUGGCUAACGGUUUUUAAUUUUUCCAAAUAAAAAUCUAAAAAGUG